ACAUGUACGAAAUGCAUGCAACACUGGACAUUGCUGAAAGGGGAUUCUCUAGUGAUUAAUGCCAUUAUACACACUCCACCAUUGUCCCGUGUACAACUAUAAUAUCCCUCGAUCCACACCGCCGUAAACCGGCAGACGAAGACGGGCUAACACGGCGAUCCGUAACAGUCGACAUCAAUUUCAGCUGAUACAGGCUCGGAUACCUCACUAGCACUGCAACAUCUCGUAGAUGAUACAGCAUAUCCUGGACUGUUUCAGUAGUUGUUCGUUCUUUUUUUUCUUCUUCGAGCCCCUUCAUUGUCAGCUACGCGUCUUGAAUGACAAUAGCGUUCCACAGAAAGCCCCCACAGAAUAAUACCUGCCGUGCUCAAUGCCUUUUCUCUCUCUCGCUAUGUCAAUUUGCAGACUGUAACGUCACUCACGAUUCCUCAUUACCUCCCCUUUAUUGUGUUCGCGGUUAGUCAGACAACUCGAGCUUCAGCGACGAACACUUCGGGGCGACGUGCGUAGCUAGACCCGCUCAAUUCAUUUCACGUUAUCGCGGUGUUCUAACAGUUCCUCGAGAAGAGAGACGUUCUAAUCCACCAAGAGUUUGUGUUUUUCCGGGACCCUUUUGGACUCUGAAGUGUUUCAAGUGAAUUUAUACGGCAGUUGGAGUCAGUCAGCUAAAGAGACGGGAAGUUGUCACCGAGCCCCCGGAACUGUUCUUCUCAUAAGUUGUCACACACAGCACCGUCAACAACGAGCUCCCGCCCCGAUAAGUGGAUGCCCAACGCCCGCUACCUUCACUGCUUCCCUGUUGGCGGCGAGAGCUGCAUGGGGAAAUCUGACGUCAUGGAGAAAGGAUGGAUUGCGUCAUCAGUAAGCCCCGACAACAUCAAGACUGAACCUGGUGCCUUGACGGCAGUGGAGCGACACGGUAUCGACACGGCCUUCCCAAUCCGCAGUAUGAGUGGUAUGGCGUACACUAUACCCCCAGUGCACGGACCACCAAACAUGAAGGGACCCCCAUUCUCCGUCAACGGGAUCAGUCUGGCAGCCCACAACGUCGAAUCCCUCCAUCCAGCCAUGAACUACCACAACCCGCCGAGGAAAACCAGACGGGAGAGAACCACGUUCACCCGGGCGCAGCUGGACGUCCUGGAGACGCUCUUCAGCAAGACGCGGUACCCGGACAUCUUCAUGAGAGAAGAGGUUGCCUUGAAGAUCAACUUACCAGAGUCAAGAGUACAGGUGUGGUUUAAGAACAGAAGAGCAAAGUGUCGCCAGCAGGCGCAGCAACAACAGAACGGCACACCCUCUAAGCCACGCCCAGUCAAGAAGAAGUCCCCCUCCCGAGACACGCCCCCAAGCAGUGACUCCUCCCCCUCCUACAAGUCGCUGCCCAUCACCUCCAUGCCCAACAACAACAGUAUCUGGAGCCCCGCCUCCAUCCCGCCCCCGCCGCCCAUGGGUGACUCCAUCUCGUCCAAUAACAGCUGUAUGCAGCACCAGUACUCCAUGGCCAACGCCCACCAGGGGGCCUACGCCCAGAGCUACCAGUCUGCCCCCUACUUCGGCAACCCCAUGGACUACCUCUCGGGGGUGCCGCAGUUCCCUUCGGGGGGCACCCUGAGUCAGAUGACAUCGUCCAUGAACAGCCCGCACAUGAGCACAGCACCGUCACAGCUCACGCCCACACACCCUAGCAUGGGCGGGUCCAUGCCCAGCGCCAGUGCAGACUGUUUAGAAACCAAGGACCCAUCGUGGAAGUUCCAAGUCCUGUAGCUACCAAUGCGCUUGACAUUUGCCUAGACGAAAGAGAAAAAGAAAGCAGAGGUGAAACCCAUAUCAUCAAUAUACAUCGGUUUCGACAAUGAGUCCGUUGCCAUUUUUGGUAGGACAGGCGCUCCAUACGUUCUCUUCGCAUAAUGUGGUCCAAUCAACGACGACCGUGUCGAAGCUUGUGGAGAGCGCCCUCACGAACGGAUAGUGAAAAAACGAGUGACUCUGACACGUGCUCGUUUGACUUGUACUCGGGUUACUUUUGAUGAGUCCUCUGGCUGACAAAUGGACAACUGAACAGAAUUUCUCAAAAAAAAUUCAACUCGCACUGAGGGUUAAGAAGGACCACAAGUGCAGGUGAUGAUACAGAAAUAAUGUCCGUGUUACGUUGCAGUUCAUUUUUUUAGGGUAAAUAAAACCUAAAAAUGGGUUAAAACAAUACAAAAUUAAGGAACUUAGGAGUUUUGUAGCUCCAAGAAGAAUCUCAAUAAUACCUUGUACGACUUGAAAAAAAUAUCUUGUUGACAAUCGCCGAAAUGACAGGCCUACUUUUUUAGGAGUAAAUAUUAAUUUUUUUCUCCAAAUUUUCCUACUUUAAAUUAAUAUUUCAUCUUGAAUUUAAUCCUUUCCCCUUAUUUCCCAUUUUGUAAUUCCUAUUCUUUGAACUGACAAAGGUGGCUGUGAACGAUCAAAUUAUGUAAAUUAUUUUGGACUUUAUUCGGUAUACUGUCUUGCAGAAGAGCAACAAUAAAUUUCCGAACAAAUUAAGCAAACAAAAAGGGAAGAAGAAGACUUAUUUAAGGGGAAUUUUGUAAAAACAAUACUCGCAUCCCUAGACUGGAUGUGAACAAAAUGGAAGUGAUUACCAAAGGCUGAAACGAAUUCGGAUAGACUACAGGGUACUUUGUUUUGUAAGAUAGGCAACUUGAUAUCAAAAAUUUAAAUGUUUUAUAAAAACAAAAUGCAAUUAUUUGUAUAAAUUUCAGAUGCAUCACUGUCACUCCAUGCAGGGUAUAUUAUAAUGAUGAUUAUUAUUUUGUACAUGUUUAUUGCACCGGCUGCACUUGGCGGAGGCCAAUGGGGGUGUUCGGUUAGUGUUGACCCACGCUCUCUUUUGCCAUGUUCUGCUCAUCUUCUGAACAAUAAUCCCGGAGUCACCUUCUUGAAGGAACUCGGCAGAAACCUCCUCUCGCUAUAUUCAAGCUCCGGAAACCUGCCAAAUUUUCGAAUGACCCGUUGAGAGUUGUUAAACAAGCUGUCUGAUUUUCUUGGCUUUUAAGUUUCUAAAUAUUGAAUCGCCCGGCUUGACUUUCUGCCAGUUUUCAUGCAAGAAAAUUGACUCCGUUCUUAUUUUUCAUUCGUAGUUUUUUAGCUUCUUAUAAUACCGUGUGUGUUGUGCUCAAUUCCGUAGGUGUCUCGAUAGAUUAAAACAAAAUAACUAACAACUUUUGAAAUACGAAUCGCGCUAACCCAAGCGAUUCUUUCUUUGAUUAUUUAUGAUUUUUUUGGCUCUUUUUAUGUAAAUACUUAAAUAUUAUCGGAACAUUGUGGAUAGCUGAAAUCACGGAUGAACUCAAAGAUAGGUGAAUCUGUAUUCGUAAAAGAAAAAUUGUACACUUCGAUUAGGUUGUAAAAAGAAGAGGUUCCGAUAGACUUGGGAUCGUUGUUUUGUAAAUUGUUCGAGAAUAUUUUAGGAAAUACAGGGUUAAGGAAUUACAGUGUAUAGAAAAACGAAUGUCAUUUCCUUCGUUUAUUUUGUGGAGAAUAUUAGGGAUGAUUAUGGUAAUAGUUCCAAAGUUGUAUUUCUUUCUUGUCGCAAUUUCACAAUCGUUCUUUCCUUUCAAAAUGUCACGUUGAAUGUUGAUUUAUACAUUGUAGUAGUAACCUUGAAGCGCACCUUAUCAGUAAAGGGGGGUGUCCUUGAUAUUUUAUUUAUUAAAGUUUCACGAAUUUUUGUUAUUAUGCGUCGCACUGUAACUUAAACCAACAAAUCUCAAAUGAGGUAGUUUUUACCGACUUUAAUUGUCAAUUUGUUUUGUAUUACAUGUCAAGAGUCAAACAGGGAACACAGGGUAACACAAACAACAGCAAAUUUGUCUUUAUUUACAUUUGGCGGUUUUCGAAACAUUUUUUUCACCAUAUUUUACCGAUUCCCCAAUUAGUCGGGGGAAACACAUGGAGGUUAGCGAAGAACAGUUUUAUUUAUGGCACUUGAAACUAAGCAUGCUUGCUUUCUGGAGUAAUUUAUCAAAAACUAAAACGUGGAAAUUAUUACCUGUGUAGGUUGAUUUUUUAAUGAUACACCGUGAAAAAAAGGUCACCGCGGUUCUUUUACUUUUCAGAGGGAAACAAGAGUGAUUAUCUUUCAAUAGACAAUGCGUGGGUAUACGCUUGAUGGUAAUAUCGAAUUAAAAGAUCAGAAAAAAUAUGUCAAUUGUAA